GGUUCAGUUAGCUGCUGCUGUCAACAAGCUGAUUGAGAGAGUUGAAGGAGAGAAAGAGGCAUCAACCAAUGAAGCACCACUAAUGGUAGCUGCUGCCGCAGAGUUUCAAGAGAUUGAGUGUCCAACCACCUCUGUAACUGUGCCAAGGAAGAGAUCAUUAUGUUCAAGCUGGAUGGAAAUGACCCUGAUGAGGUAGCUAGUGAUCAGAGAACACAGGUUUAUUCUGAACUUAGCAUUCCCAUAGAGUUCUCUAAGGUUCAAUAUGAAUUUAAUGCUUUGGAUCUGUUUAAAGUUGAACCCAUAGAACCUACUCUAGAUUAUGUUCCUGUUAUGCCUGCACACACUCAUAUUUUAGAUUCAGCCUUUUCCAUUGAAAAUAUUGACAUGCCUUAUGCUGUUUCAGAGUUAUGCACUGGUUUUGACAUUAUUCCAGUUGAUGAUAGCUUCACAGUAGGUGUUCAUUUAGCUGCUGAUUUGAUAGAUGCUAGUGAGGUCAUUUUUGAGGAACCAGUCCAGGUUGAAUCUGACUUUAAUCCUUCUACUGGUAUAGCUGAAAUGCACACUCGUUUUCAUGUCUUGCAUGCUUUACCUGAUGUGCCUGAUACUUCUAAGCAUUUUAAAUUGCUUGAUGAAAUUUCUGUUGUGCAUAAUGUAAAGAUACCUACUGAUAGGUGCUCUGAAUUUAAGUCAUUGUUUUCUGAUAACCUGUUUGAGAACCUGCUGAAUGACUGUAAUGUAAAUACACAGGUUAUGAUGGAGACACAUGCUGACUUCGAAUUCAGUGAUGGCAUUGCAGAAUUAAACAAAGAGGAAGCUGCAGAGACAAAGGCAACCCUGGUGGAGGCAAUAGAUGGUGUCAAUAUUGCUAAAGGAGUCUUGAACGUGCAGAAGCAAUUGAAAAAUUUGAAUGGAGAACUGCAGUUACUGCAACAAAUGCCUAAGCAGGAGAACUUCAAUGCAGCCAUGGAGACAAUACACAAAGGAGCUGAGCACAAUGGAGAAAAUCCAAUAAGCUCUUUCUUUUCCCUUCUUUUAAAUAGUAGUUACAGGUCUUUUAUAGUAGUUUACAUAGCUUUAAGUAGCAUAAUAAAUAGUAGGAUAGAUAAUAUGUUGUUUUUCAUAAAAAUAAAACGAAUUAACUUUGAUUUGUGGCCAAUCUGAAUAAGUUCUUUUCCUCUUUA